GGUCCUGCGGAGGAUGGCAGCGUCUUCUCGGAGCAGCCUGCAGCCUCUCGGGCCGCCGGAGCCCCCUCUCUCCGGCUCGCGAGGAGCCCUCCUGGCGGUUCUGGUGCUGCUCGCACUGCCGGACGCCUGGGGUCAGUGCAAAACUCCGGAACACCUCCUAUUUGCCAAGCUGACAAAUCCUACUGAUAAGAAUGAGUUUCCUAUUGGGACAGCUCUGAAGUAUGAGUGCCGUCCUGGUUACUAUGGGAGAAGGUUCGUUAUCACCUGCCUAUACAACUCGGUCUGGUCAAGCGCCGAAGACAAGUGUCAGCGGAGAUCAUGUGGAACUCCUCCAGAACCUGCCAAUGGUAAAAUGAUUGUAAACGGAGAUGCCCGGUUUGGGUCAACUGUUAAUUACGUCUGUAAUGAAGGAUACCGACUUAUUGGUAAGACCUCUAUUGCAUGCAUCAUCUCAGGCAAGACUGUCUCCUGGGAUGACGAUCCACCUAUUUGUGAGACGAUUCUUUGUGGGCCACCCCCAGCCAUUGACAAUGGAAAUGUCCUUAAGCUCUACGGAGAAGAGUUUCCCUAUGGAAGCGUGGUGACCUAUCGCUGCCAUCCCGGAGAGAGAGGGGAAAAAAAGCAGUUUGAGCUUGUGGGCAACCCAUCGAUAUAUUGCACCAGCAAAGACAAUCACGUUGGCGUAUGGAGCGGCCCUCCGCCUCAGUGCAUCAUACCUAAUAAGUGCACACCUCCACACAUUGACAACGCAGUGAGGGUGUCUGAGAACAAGACCUUAUUUUCCUUACAUGAAACCGUGAGGUUUAUCUGCGAGCCCGGCUUUGUCAUGAAAGGACCCUCCAGCGUGCAAUGCAGAGCCCAAAACAAAUGGGGGCCAGAGUUGCCGAGCUGCUCUCGAGUAUGUCAGCUGCCUCCAGAAAUUCUGCACGGAAUGCACAGUGCAGAAAACCAGGCCGAUUUCUCCCCGGGGCAGGAAGUGUCCUACAGCUGCGAGCCCGGCUAUGAUCUCCGAGGGGCAGCUUCUCUACGCUGUACGCCCCAGGGAGACUGGAGCCCAGCAGCCCCAAGAUGUACAGUGAAAUCAUGUGCAGACUUCCGGGACCAACUCCCUAAUGGCCGUGUGCACUUACCACUGAAUUUCCAGCUUGGGGCAAAAGUGUCCUUUGUUUGUGAUGAGGGGUUCCACCUAAAGGGCAGUUCUGCUAGUUACUGCGUCUUGGUUGAAAUGGAAAGCCUUUGGAAUGACAGUGCUCCUGUGUGUGAACGUAUCUUUUGUCCAAGUCCUCCCUCUAUCCUUAAUGGGCAGCACACUGGACCUUCUCAGGGAGACUUUCCCUAUGGAAAGGAAAUAAAUUACACGUGUGACAACAACCCAGCCAGAGGGAUGAACUUCAGCCUCAUUGGGGAGAGCACCCUCCGCUGCACAAGUGACGAUGAAGGGAACGGGAUUUGGAGCGGCCCUGCCCCUCGCUGCGAACUUGCUGGUCCUGCAGGUCAGUGCAAAGCCCCAGAACACCUUCCAUUCACCAAGUUGGCAAAUGCUACGGACAAGUCUGAGUAUCCCAUUGGGACAUCUCUGAAGUAUGAGUGCCGUCCUGGUUACUCUGGGAGAGGGUUCUUUAUCACCUGCCUCUCCAACUCGGUCUGGUCAAGCGCCAAAGACAAGUGUCAGCGGAGAUCGUGUGGAACUCCUCCAGAACCCGCCAAUAGCAAAAUGAUCAUAAACGGAGAUGCCCGGUUUGGGUCAACUGUUAAUUACGUCUGUAAUGAAGGAUACCGACUUAUUGGUAAGACCUCUAUUGCAUGCACCAUCUCAGGCAAGACUGUCUCCUGGGAUGACGAUCCACCUAUUUGUGAGACGAUUCUUUGUGGGCCACCCCCAGCCAUUGACAACGGAAAUGUCAUUAAGCUCUACGGAGAAGAGUUUCCCUAUGGAAGCGUGGUGACCUAUCGCUGCCAUCCCGGAGAGAGAGGGGAAAAAAAGCAGUUUGAGCUUGUGGGCAACCCAUCGAUAUAUUGCACCAGCAAAGACAAUCAGGUUGGCGUAUGGAGCGGCUCUCCGCCUCAGUGCAUCAUACCUAAUAAGUGCACACCUCCACACAUUGACAACGCAGUGAGGGUGUCUGAGAACAAGACCUUUUUUUCCUUACAUGAAACCGUGAGGUUUAUCUGCGAGCCCGGCUUUGUCAUGAAAGGACCCUCCAGCGUGCAAUGCGGAGCCCAAAACAAAUGGGGGCCAGAGUUGCCGAGCUGCUCUCGAGUAUGUCAGCGGCCUCCAGAAAUUCUGCACGGAAUGCACAGUGCAGAAAACCAGGCCGAUUUCUCUCCGGGGCAGGAAGUGUCCUACAGCUGCGAGCCCGGCUAUGAUCUCCAAGGGGCAGCGUCUCUGCACUGUACACCUCAGGGAGACUGGAGCCCAGCAGCCCCAAGAUGUACAGUGAAAUCAUGUGCAGACUUCCGGGACCAACUCCCUAAUGGCCGUGUGCUCUUACCACUGAAUUUCCAGCUUGGGGCAAAAGUGUCCUUCGUUUGUAAUGAGGGGUUCCACCUAAAGGGCAGUUCUGCUAGUUACUGCGUCUUGGUUGAAAUGGAAAGCCUUUGGAAUGACAGUGCUCCUGUGUGUGAACAAAUCUUUUGUCCAAAUCCCCCCUCUAUACUCAAUGGGCAGCACAAUGGGCCUUCUCAGGGAGAUGUUCCCUAUGGAAAGGAAAUAACUUACAUGUGUGACCACCACCCAGCCAGAGGGAUGACCUUCAACCUCGUUGGGGAGAGCACCCUCCGCUGCACAAGUGACGAUGAAGGGAACGGGAUCUGGAGCGGCCCUGCCCCUCGCUGCGAACUUGCUAGUCCUGCAGAUUACUGUAAAGCCCCAGAAGAGUUUCCAUUUGCCAAGCCUACAGUCCUGACUGAUGAGUCCGAGUUUCUAAUUGGGACAUCUUUGAAUUAUGAAUGUUCCCCUGGGUAUUUUGAAGCUAUGUUUUCUAUCACCUGCUUAGAGCACUUGGUCUGGUCGAGUGCCGAAGGUAUCUGUAGAAGAAAAUCAUGUGGAGCUCCACCAGAACCCUUUAAUGGCACAGUGCAUAUAAAUACAGAUACCCAGUUUGGAUCAACAGUUCAUUAUUCUUGUAAUGAAGGGUAUCGACUCAUUGGCUCCCCUUCCUCGGCUUGUCUCCUGUCGGGCAGUACUGUCACUUGGGAUAAGGAAGCACCUGUGUGUGAGGAAAUCUUCUGUCCAAAUCCUCCCUCUAUCCUUAAUGGGCAGCACACCGGACCUUCUCAGGGAGACAUUCCCUACGGAAAGGAAAUUACUUACACGUGUAACCACCACCCAGCCAGAGGAAUGAACUUCAGCCUCAUUGGGGAGAGCACCCUCCGCUGCACAAGUGACGAUGAAGGGAACGGGAUUUGGAGCAGCCCUGCCCCUUACUGUGAACUUGCUGGUCCUGCAGAAUGCCCCCAUCUGCCCAAGAUCCACAAUGGGUAUUACCUUGAAAGACCUGCAUCUCCAUAUCUUCCUGGAAUGACUGUCAACUACACUUGUGACCCAGGCUACUUGUUGGUGGGAAGAGCCUUCAUAUUCUGCACAAACCAGGGAACCUGGAGCCAAUUUGAUCAUUUUUGCAAAGAGGUAAAAUGUAUCAUCCCAGAGUUUAUGAAUGGAAUCCGGAAGGAGCUGGAAAUGAGAAAAGUGUAUCACUAUGGAGAUAAGAUAACUUUUGAGUGUGAGAAUGGGUAUACUCUGAAAGGCAGUCCCCAGAGCCAAUGCCAGGCAGACAACACAUGGAACCCUCCUCUGGCCAUAUGCACAUCUAGUAAAUGGAGCUGCAAGAAAUGCACAAGUGCUCUCAUAGUCGGUAUUAUCUUUGGCGUGAUCUUCUUUCUUUCAUCUGUCAUUGGCUCUUAUUGGAUAAUUGUAAAACGCAAUAAAAGCAAGAAUACAGAUGGGAAACCUAAAGAGAUGAUCCAUUUACAUCUUCAAGAAGACAACAGUGUAAAGCCUCAGACUCUGCAAACCAAUCAGGAAGACAGCAGCAGUGCCCUUCCUUGACAAAGUACCACAGAGCUGAGGAACACCUUGAGUCACAAUGUUGUUGGAAAGGAGCCUAUUCAACAGAGUAAGAUGUGAGACUCAUACAGUGACAGACGUGACCUCGCAGAGACCAGACCAUGUGCCCAAGAAGAUGCUGACAUGCUCCCAGGAGCCCGUAAAAGCUCCCUCCUCUUAGCGUGGAUUACUGUCAGUCCUCCUGCUCUCCCCUGCUGAAUGCACACCUCAGCUAGUAAGGGGAAAAGACUGCACUCAGGGUUUAUAAAUAGUCUCAGUUACGGAAAGGAAGAUGGCGUCACUUUGGAUUUCUGUUUACAAGUUUGUGAUUUCCCUUUCUCAUUUUCAAAUGUUCAUAGUAUGGAAUGGGCUCAUUAACGAGAAGAUCAAAAUCCAGGAGGAAGAUAUGAUAAACAAACAAGUCAUGUGUAAUUAUACUAUUCAGUGAUAACCACUGUUAAUAUUUUGAGUUUCUGCUAACGUUUCUUCAUACAUGUUCAUUUCUUUAUACACAGAUCUUUCUUAAUAGCCACUUUUUCUUCUGUAGAGCAAAAUCUAUUAGAACAGAAAAAUAUAGUGGAUCCGUUUUUGCUAUCACUAGGAAAAAAGUAUCCUCUUUGUAUUAUAUGUGCUGCUGAAGUGAGCAUAGUUUUGUUUAUAUGAAUAAAAUCUUUUAUAAAAGGGCAUUACAUGAAUCCAGGGAAGAGGUUUUCAAGAGAAACUUCUUAAACAAUGAGAUCUGGGUAUUUCCUAAGCUCUAUUUCAAAAGCAAUUUGUACUGUGUGUCUAAAACAUACUAACUUAAAUAAAAGGAUAAUUCUAUUAUAAAGCAUGUGACUUACUUUUUGUAUAGAUUCAGAAUAACCCAAUAAACUAGGAAACGCUGAAUUUAAAAAUUGCAACAUUAAUGUACAGGUCUCUAAAUAAGUGGUCCUGGAAUCCGUAACUGGUCCACACACUUACAGAUCGGCCAUGCUAAGGAUCUAGAAGAUACCAGAAUCUUUCUGGGUAGUUAACAAUAGACUUGCAUAUGAUGACUGCUAACUACUGUGUAAUUCUGGGUUGCUUUUCAAGUGUAUUGUGCCACACUUACCUUGAUAAAUAUAGAGAGGGAACUGGAUAUCAACUUGAAGUUUUCUUUAAAAUCAUAGAAGAAAGGGGAAAAAACAGCAUUAACAAAGUCAACUGACAAACUAGGAGGAAAAAAUUACAACGUAUAUCAUAGACAAGAGUAACUGGCAUAUUUAGAGAGUAAAAAAGUCAAACACCCAACCUCCUCGCCUCUCCUCCCUGUAAAUGGCCAAAGGAUAUCCAGCUGGGCCUCCAACAAAAGAAAGGCAAGUAACCAAUGAAUAUAUGAAAAGAUCCUCAAUGGUUUUGCUUAGUUGAAACUUGGGGAAACGUUGGGAAAUAUAUUAGGUCUUGAGUUUCUGAAGAAGCACACUUUAAACAAGGGCUAGAAAUUACCUGAUGGGAAUUGGCCUUUCUUAGAAUGAACAUUCCCUGUCACAAGAGAAAAAGGUAAAUUCCUUUAUCCCCCCAGAUUGCAGUAGGUCAGUGAGCAUUGUGACGAACCGGCAUCUGAUGCCUGGGCCAUUGAAUUUCAAGGAAUUCAUGAGAUUUUUUGCCUGUGACAUCAGUGAUCCAUGGGAAAUACUGAUUAUACUAAUUAUGGGUAAAAUACCAACCUGUCUAACUUCAUUUGUAUUGCUGAGUAAUUCUGUUAACCUCUGGCCUUACAUUUAUCAUCUGAGAAGCUGGUCUCCAAGAUUAUUCUUAGUGCUAACAAUCUAAUUUUGUUUCUCAUUUCCUUUUUGUGUACAUGUCAUUGUGAGCUGUAAGUUAAAGUCUAUGACAUUUAAAUUUCAUCACUAUAAUGGGAUAGGAAUAAAAGAUUUUUUUUCCUUCUUAAUCUA